GCCGUAGACGAGUGUCGGAGACACGUCUGGAGUCUGGAGCAGAGUAUCUGACUACUAGAGACGGCAGAAAUUAUUGCACUAUUGCGCCAGUUCUCUUUGGGCCCAUCUCGUCUAAGUGUUUCAAAUUCUGAACUUACCUAGUCAAAUAUGUCUAUUGAAGAAGAUGAUAGGCAAUUGCGCCAUGAAUGUGGUGUAUUUGGUUGCAUAGCUUCUGAUCCAUGGCCAACAGAUUUAGAUGUAGCCCAAAUUAUUUCUCUUGGAUUAUUAGCACUCCAGCACCGAGGCCAAGAAAGUGCUGGUAUUGCUAUGAGUGAAGGUGACAAUCAUACACACUUUAAUGUUAAAAAAGGCAUGGGUUUGGUCAGUAAUAUAUUCAAUGAUGAAGCAACAAAAAAUCUCAAAGGUAAUCUUGGAAUUGGACAUACAAGGUAUUCUACUAGUGCUGGUUCUGAAGAAGUCAACUGUCAACCUUUUGUUGUUCACUCUGCUCAUGGUGCUUUAGCAGUUGCUCAUAAUGGUGAAUUAUUUAAUGCGGGGAGAUUAAGACGCAUGGUAUUAGCUAGAGGGGUUGGUCUUUCAACACAUUCAGAUAGUGAACUAAUUACACAAGCAUUAUGUUUGAAUCCUCCUGAUAUUGAAAUUGAUGGUCCUGAUUGGCCAGCUCGUAUUAGACAUUUUAUGGAACUUACAAAAUUAUCUUAUUCAAUUGUUAUAAUGGAAAAAGAUAGGAUAUUUGGGGUACGUGAUCCAUAUGGUAAUAGACCUCUCUGCAUUGGAAAACUGAUGUCUUUAACUGAACCAAAUAAAGCAGAAGAAGGUUGGGUUGUAUCAUCUGAAUCAUGUGGUUUCCUCUCAAUGGGAGCUAAGUAUGUGAGAGAUGUCUACCCUGGAGAAAUUGUAGAGUUUACAAAAGAAGGAUUUCAUACUGUAUCCGUAAUGGGUCGCCCUCACAAUCGCCCUCAAGCAUUUUGUAUUUUUGAAUAUGUAUAUUUUGCAAGACCUGAUAGUAUAUAUGAAGGACAAAUGGUUUAUUCAGUGCGAUUGAGGAGUGGUAUUGUGUUGGCCAGAGAAAGUUUUGUUGAAGCUGAUAUUGUAAGCUCAGUUCCAGAAUCUGGAACUGCUGCCGCUCAUGGAUUUUCAAUGAAAUCCAAUAUUCCAUUUGCUGAAGUGUUAUAUAAGAAUCGGUAUGUUGGACGAACUUUUAUUCAACCAAAUGCACGAUUAAGAAGAUUAGGUGUUGCUAAAAAAUUUGGUGCUAUUGUCGAAAAUGUAGCUGGCAAGAGAUUGAUUCUUAUUGAUGAUUCCAUUGUAAGAGGAACCACAAUGGGGCCAAUUAUAAAAUUACUAAGAGAUGCAGGAGCCAAGGAAGUUCAUAUACGAGUUGCUUCUCCUCCUCUUAAAUUCACUUGUAAUAUGGGAAUUAAUAUACCAACUAAAGCCGAACUUAUUGCUAAUAAAUUAACUAUUGAACAAUUGGCUAAACAUAUAGGCGCUGAUACCCUCGCUUAUUUAUCCGUCGAAGGACUCAAAGAAGCAGUUACCGAAAAAAUGCCAAACAAAAAUGCAGUUGAAGUUGGGCAUUGCACAGCAUGUCUCACUGGAGAAUACCCCGAAGAAUUAACUUUCUAAAUGUUAAAAAUGUCUCUAUAUCUAAGUAUUAUUGUAAUUCAUUUUGUUAGUAAGAACAUUAUUUAAAGUUUGUACGUCUAUAAUUGUUAAGCAUUUUGAGUUAUUUAUAUGAUGACAAUAGAUUUCUCAAAUUUUUAAAUAACGAGGUACUGAUAACUUAAGUAAAAAAAUUGUUAAAGAUCUGCCUUCUAAACAACUAUUGUUUGUAUUUUAUUUAAUUCUUCUUAAUCUAAAAUAGGUAUAGAUCCAAAUGUUAUAUAGGCAUAAAUAAUAUUAAAUAUAAAUAACAAAAUAUUUACUAUACCUACGUCAUUAUAUUUAUAUAUAUAUUUUUUAAAUGAUUAUCAAAAUUUGUUUUUUUUUUAAAUAUUGUCUAUUAAGAGCUUUAUAUAUAAGUUCUCUUAAAAAUAUAUUUAAGUCUUAAACUUAUAAAUAAAUAUUUGUAUUAAUAUUUAAUUAUAA